AUGCCGUCCAUGGCACCAGAAUUGGCGGUGUGCCUCUCCAAUGACCAUUGGAAGUGCCGAAAGGAUGCCUUGGAGAAGCUCGAGCGUUUGGACGAAGAGUCGGGUGAAUUGGUCUUCCCCAGCAUGCGGGCCACGCUCAGUGAUGGCAACAUGCGAGUUCGGCGAGCAGGUGCGCACGCAUUGGCCGAGUUUUGCUCGCCGGAGGUGUGGGGCAAGAAGCCCGCAGUCUUUGGGGUGCAAGCUGUGUCGGAGUUGACGCGACAUCUUGCAGACGCCGACUUGCAUGUUCGAAAGGCUGCAAGAGCGCCCCUGCGUGAACUUCAGGCAAAGGCGAUUGUGGGCGAUGUGGUCGUGGCAGGGCAAUCUGCCAUACCGUACCUCCAAGCACGUCUGCGAGACGAGGAUUGGCAAGUCCGCGAUGCCACUCUCCGAGCCCUUGCGAGUUUGGGCCCAGGGGCCCUGUCCACUGGCCGGGACAUUGCACGCCUUCUGGUCGAUGAGAGCGCUGUUUGCCGGGAAGCCGCCAAGUCGGCCUUGGACAAGCUGCUAGGAGUGGGCCUUGCUGCUGCUGACCUGCAGGUGGUGGUGCCACCGAAUGCCGAGCACUUUGUCGAGCGUUUAACGCACCAGGAUCCGAAGGUGCGCUGUGCGGCAGCUUGGGCACUGGGUCACAGUGCGGCGGCAGUCAUUGGACUGCACACGAUCCAAGACACCCUCGUCACAGAGUGCGAUGCGGCCGUCUUCCGAGUAGCAGUCGAGGCCUUGGGCUGGCUGGGUUUGGCCGCGCUGCCGGCUGCGCCAGAGUUGGGCCUCGGGCUCAAAACCUUUCUCUCCCGGCCCAAGAGCGAGGACGGCACGGAAGCAAGUCUUCAAGAGGAUCCCAACAAGCUUGCCAUGACGGAGUCCAUCUUCAAAAUCUACCAGGAGCUGCUGUUCGUCAUCGGCCGUGCUGUGGGCCGAAACGAGGGUCUCCAGCAGGCCUUACAGCGGGCCCAGCACUAUGCCUCGAGGUUGGGAAGAAGCACAAAUGUGCAGCGCGAAGAGGGCGUGACCUCGCUCAUGGAGCCGUGCCUGCCACAUGUUGGAGCCAUCACUGAGAUGAUACGCAUUCUGCUGGAUCCUACCUGCCCCGGUGCGCAGGCCGGUGUGCUUGGUGUGAGCACCGCCAUUGAAGCCCUGGAGAAGUUCAGGGAUGGUGGCCUGCUUGGUGAUUUCGACACCGUCCACUGCGGCCGGGACAUCGUCCAGGGCCUGCAGACCUGCCUGAAGGCCGACAAAGCCCGAGGCAAAGCAUGUGCCUUGGUCAAAGAUGUCACUUCAUUCUCGCAGAACACUUCCAGGCCUUUGCAGGGCAUGCAAACCGUGCCGAUCCAGUUGGAUGAAAAAGGGGGGGGAGGGGCUGGUGCAGCUGGUGAAACAGCUGCAGCACCUCGCCUGCGCCAGCAUAUUGUGGUAUCCAGCGGCCCACCGGUUUGUUCGAGCAUCUUGAGUGAUUGCCAAGUGGACUUUGAGGUGCCAGCGGAGCCGGCAAAGCCGGUGAAGAAGCGCUCUCCGAAUCGCCUGGUAGUAGAGGAAGCGCUGAAUGACGACAAUUCCGUCAUUUCCCUGUCGCAGGCCAAGAUGGAGGAGCUGAACCUUUUCCGCGGCGACAAUGUGCUCAUCAAGGGGAAGAAGCGAAAGGACACGGUUUGCAUCGUUCUGGCUGACGAGAAUCUAGAUGACAGCAAGAUCCGCAUGAACAAGGUUGUGCGAAAAAAUCUUCGUGUCCGCUUGGGUGACAUCAUCUCCGUCCACGCUUGUGGAGACGUUCCGUACGGAAAACGUGUCCACGUCCUCCCACUGGACGACACAAUCGAGGGCAUCACAGGCAACCUCUUCGACACCUAUCUCAAGCCUUACUACCUGGAGGCCUACCGCCCCGCCCGCCAGGGGGACCUCUUCCUUGUGCGCGGUGGCUUCCGACCAGUCGAGUUCAAGGUGGUCGGAGUGGACCCUGGAGAGUUCGUUAUCGUUGCACCAGACACAGUCAUCCACUGCGAGGGCGAGCCUGUCAAGCGGGAGGAUGAGGAGCGGCUCGACGACGUCGGAUAUGACGACAUCGGAGGCUGCAAGAAGGCCAUGGGUCAAAUUCGAGAAAUGAUCGAGCUGCCCUUGCGCCACCCCACGCUCUUUAAGACGCUGGGCGUAAAGCCACCGCGGGGGGUCCUGCUGUACGGCCCGCCCGGUAGUGGCAAGACCCUGAUUGCGCGGGCCGUGGCCAACGAGACCGGCGCCUUCUUCUUCUUGAUCAACGGGCCCGAAAUCAUGUCCAAGAUGGCAGGCGAGGCAGAGUCCAACCUGCGCAAGGCCUUCGAGGAGGCAGAGAAGAAUUCACCAGCAAUCAUUUUCAUCGAUGAGAUCGACUCGAUUGCGCCAAAGCGCGACAAAACCAGCGGCGAGGUCGAGAAGCGGGUGGUGUCUCAGCUCCUGACGCUGAUGGACGGCAUCAAGGGUCGGGGUCAGGUUGUGGUGAUUGCUGCGACGAACAGGCCGAACUCCAUUGAUGCCGCCCUCCGACGCUUUGGUCGUUUCGAUCGAGAGCUGGACAUUGGAGUCCCGGAUGACAACGGCAGGCUGGAGAUCUUGCGGAUCCAUUGCAAGAACAUGAAGUUGGCCACGGAUGUCAAGCUAGAGGAGGUGGCGUCCAAUACCCAUGGCUUUGUCGGCGCCGAUCUUGCCCAGCUCUGCACAGAAGCGGCCCUGACGCCGCCUGGCAUGACCCAGUGCAUCAGGGAGAAGAUGGACCUCAUCGACCUCGAGGAAGAAACCAUUGACGCGGAGAUUUUGGAUUCCAUGGAGCACUUCAAAUCUGCAAUGGGCACUGUGAACCCUUCUUCCUUGCGCGAGACGGUGGUGGAGGUCCCCAACAUCAAGUGGGACGACAUCGGCGGCCUCGAAGACACGAAGAGGUCGCUCCAGGAGACGAUCCUGUACCCAAUCGACCAUCCGGAAGAGAAGUUCGAGAAGUUUGGGAUGCAGCCCUCCCGUGGAGUGCUCUUCUACGGUCCGCCUGGCUGCGGGAAGACGCUGCUCGCCAAAGCUGUGGCUUCCGAAUGCUCCGCCAACUUCGUGAGCAUCAAAGGCCCCGAACUGCUGACGAUGUGGUUCGGCGAGUCAGAGGCCAACGUGCGCGAGGUCUUUGACAAGGCUCGUGCAGCAGCGCCCUGCGUGCUCUUCUUUGACGAGCUGGACUCUGUGGGCGUGGCCCGCGGCUCUAGCCAGGGUGAUGCCGGCGGUGCGGGCGACCGCGUGAUGAACCAGCUCCUCACAGAGAUCGAUGGUGUGGGCGCAAAGAAGAAUGUCUUCUUCAUCGGCGCCACCAACCGACCGGAGCUCCUUGAUGAGGCACUGCUGCGCCCAGGGCGCCUGGACCAGCUGAUCUACAUCCCCCUGCCCGAUCUCCCGGCGCGGCAAGGCAUCCUAGAAGCCACGCUGAAGAAGUCCCCGGUGGCACCCAACGUUCCCUUGUCAUUCAUCGCGCAGCUGGGCCAGCAGAAGACCGAGGGCUUCAGCGGUGCGGACCUGGCGGAGCGGCUGCCUUGGAGUGCUGUGUAUUCAGCUCUGCGGAAGGCGGCUCUGCCAGCGCGCCGCGAAGGCUCCAGCGUUAUGGUUGGGGCAGUGUUGCGGCAAGUGACCGGUCUCGUGAUGGCAGCUGUACGUGACGCCAUCGCUGCUGAUGAGCUCCGCGCAGGUGACGACGAUGCCAUGGACACCCAAAUGGGCUCCGAGAUCAGUCGCAAGCACUUCGAGGAAGCAUUCGCAGGGGCGAGGCGGUCUGUUGCCGGCUCGGACCUGGCUAAGUAUGACCAGUUCCGGAAGAAGUUCGACCCCGUUUACAUGAACUCGAGUGCGGGCGGCGGGACCGGCGUCGUCAUCAACUGGCCCGACGAUGUCGGCAUCGGCGCAACCGCGGCCGCUGCUGACGACGACGAUGACCUGCACGCUGGGCCGCGUUUGUUUCAUAGUUCAGGAGAUUUCAGAAGUGUUGCCAGGCGCCCAACUAGAAGGAUAAUUAGGAGGAACUCCCGUGCUCGGGUUUGUUUUCGUCUUGCGGUACAGUCCCCAGUAGUUUCAAGUUAG